ACGCGGUUGCAUAGUUAUCUGUGUAUUAAAAUUAUCCAAGAGGUCCGCCGACUUAUAAUUAUAUAGAUGCAGCCCCCUUCAAUUCUUCUCUCCCUGUAUUUCUCUUCCAUAACUUUCAGGACAACCAGUUCAAGAAUCGCCUUUUCAUUUUGAUUGUACGCUGAACCUAAGUACCUAACCUCUCUGUUCGUUGCCAUUCCCUCUUGGUCUGUUUCAGUUUUUUUCAAAAUCGAUAAUAUGGCUAUGGAACCAAGCUUCUACGAGCGUGAGGUACACUUUGAAUCUGAAGAAGAUGUUACACUUAGGCAGAAAUGGAAAUCCACAACACCCCCAACAAGCAUCUUAGAUGAUGAUGGUGAUUGUUUUGAUUGCAGCAUAUGCUUGGACUCGGCACAUGAUCCUGUUGUCACUCUUUGUGGUCACCUGUAUUGCUGGCCAUGCAUUUACAAGUGGAUGCAUGUUAAAUCUUCUGCUGCAGAUGCUGAUGAGCAGCAUCCGUGCCCUGUUUGUAAGGCUAACAUUUCCCCAAAUUCUAUGGUGCCCCUUUAUGGCCGUGGCACAUCCCGAACUGAUCCAGAAUGGAAGAAUUUCUCUCCAGAUGUAGUCGUACCUUGUAGGCCUCCUCCUGUAUUGAAUACAUUGAUUAGUAACACUUGGCAACAGAGCCAGCAACUUCAUCCAAACUUCUUUCAGUCACAGCCACAAUCCCAGUCCUUUUAUCACCAGCGAUAUUUCCCUAACCCGUAUGGAGGAUAUGGGGCUGUGGCCUCAUCAACUCUUGGUGGUGCAGCAAUGAGUCAAAUUUUUAAUCCCAUUAUUGGAAUGUUUGGAGGGAUGAUAUUGACAAGAUUUUUUGGGACAUCAGACACAAGUUUGUUAGCUUAUAAUUCCUACCCAAAUUCUAACCACCUGAUUGGAAGUUAUAGAAUGAGGAGGCAGGAGAUGCAGCUUGAAAAGUCUCUAAAUAGGGUGACGAUCUUUCUUCUUUGUGGCCUUAUUCUGUGUCUUCUCUUGUUCUGAUCAUAUUAUUUAGCAGCCUUUGUAUAUUUGUAUAGGGUAUUUCAAAGAAGCAAUGAAAAUAUUCACAGGGAUAUAGAUGGAGUAGGAAAUUUUAGUGGGAACUCACUUUUCGUGAUUUCCCUAUGGCAUUCUUGUAUGUAAAUAAAUUUUAUUCUUUACAUAGAUAUCAAAGUCUCAUUGAGUUGUGCUGCUGUA